GAAAAUCGUUCCGCCUCUUCCGAGCGGGGUCACGGCCAGGGCGCCGCGAGCGCGGACAGCCUGCGUGCGGGGCUCUCAGCGGGUCGGGGUGGUCCCGCGCCCGGCGCCAUGUCCCGGAACCUGCGCACCGCGCUCAUCUUCGGCGGCUUCAUCUCCCUGAUCGGCGCCGCCUUCUACCCUAUCUACUUCCGGCCCCUAAUGCGGCUGGAGGAGUACCAUUCUGCUGUCUUCCUUCAUUUUAAGCGGGUUGCUCACAUGACAAUGAGAAAGAGCAAGCCAUAAAUCGAGCCGGUAUCGUUCAAGAAGAUGUACAGCCACCAGGGUUAAAAGUGUGGUCUGAUCCAUUUGGCAGGAAAUGAGAAGGCUAUCAGCACCUCAAUUAUGAAAGACAUCUUCUUGCUUUCGAUUCUGCAGCAAGUACAAUAAAUGGCCUCGCUACAGAACGAUGGCUGGAGAAGAAAAGUCUGUAAGGCUGAAAAUAAGAGCGCUGUGCACAAGGAUUAAUAUUUCCCUUCUUAGGUAUCAAAAGAACCCUGGAGCAAAUCACACCAUUAGGGAGGUUUUCAUGAUUCGCUUUCCUUUCUAAAAAUGAAGCUGUCUCACCCAGCUGUGUUUGGAGGAGUUCUACUUAUUAUUCAGUCUCUGCUGCUCUCCCAGCCGAGCUGUGAUGUGAAUGCAAGCAGCCAGUAGACUCGGGAAGGUCCUAGUCUGUGUUGCCAUUUCCCAAAUAGGAAGUUUCAGUGGAACGCCACCGUGCUGAGCAGCCCCACGGGGCUCUUUGAAAAUGGGCAAGUUGAUAAAACUCUUUGAGGACAAGGUGCACUGUACUCCUGAAGAAUAACCAGUUCAGCUUAACCGUCUUGUCGGAGGCUGCCGCGUGUUGGGGUGGAAAUCCGUGUUGAAUUAACAGAAGUGAGAAUGUGUGUAUUAAAAUGGGUCUGUUCUUAAUUCA